GGACCAGCAAUAAUUCCUUCGGGAGGAUUUAAGGUUAGCUCUGCAAAUUACCCAUCAUUUAUUACAAUAUUGUCCGAAAUUAAGUAAAAAGAAUUGCAAGUAACAAAUGUUCAGACAAGACUUCUAAAAAAGUGUACGGUGCACGAUUAAAUUUGAUUCUCACGUUUAUAUUCUGCCAUUAAUCGUCUUAGCGCAGAACCCGCCAUUGUUUUGAUCAUGGAAGGCUGAUAAUGACAUUUCAGGAAAAUGUCAGAAGAUAAAUGUUAGGUUAAGGUUGAAAUUCAGAAAUUUAAAUGGCGACACAGGAACAUAAAUAUUUAGCAGAUAUUAUAAAAACUACUCAUGCCACGUUGCGAAAAGAAGCUCAGGCUUACGGUCCUGAGAUUGCAUGGAAUCGUCACGUAACACGUAAAGAUGUUUUACAGAAAUAUGCAUGUUCUAUGCAAAAAUUGGCUACAACAUAUUGGAUGGAAAAUAAUAUGAAUACGGAAAAUUCAACUUAUUGUAGAAUAGAAUGGGUUAAAUCUCAAUGCGAAGAAUAUUUUUUAAAUGGUGGAAGUCAGAAAUAUGACAACAGAGAAGAAACUAUUAAAGUAAAAAUCAAUAAUCCAGAAACCACAGAAGUUCCUGUAAUCUGUAAUUCGAAUAUUAAAAAUGAGGAAAGUUCAGUAUCAAAAUAUUUUGAUAAUAAUAUGGCACAGUCUAUUAAAAAAAUACGAUUAUUAGAUGUAGGAAGUUGUUAUAACCCUUUUGGAACUUCAGACCUUUUUGAAGUGACAGCAAUAGAUCUACAUGGUAUACCAGAUAAAGUUUUAUGCUGUGACUUUUUAAAUGUUCAUAUUGGAAAAGAAAAGAUCCUUUCUAGCGAUCAGCAACAAGUUUUACAAUUACCAGAAGACUCUUUCCAUGUAGUUGUAUUUUCUUUAUUUUUGGAAUAUUUACCAUGUCCAAAACAGAGAUAUAUUUGUUGUAAGAAAGCUUAUAAUUUGUUAGAAGCUGGUGGUAUACUUAUCAUUAUAAGUCCUGAUUCAAAGCAUGUUAAUGCCAAUGCUAAAUUUAUGAAAUCAUGGAGAUAUGUAUUGAGUAAAUUAGGAUUUAUGAGGAUAAAAUAUGAAAAGCUACAGCACAUGCAUUGUGUUGUGUUUAGAAAAUGUAUAUAUAAAGAUGUUGCAAUAAGGUGGGCAAAUUUACAAAAUUUUCCGAUGACCGAUAUGUUAUAUUACGAUAGUACAACAAUUUAUAUUCCACAAGAUUUUCGAAAUGCAUCCAGUGAAAUCAAACAACAGGAAGAAUACGAUUCGGAAGAAGUGACAUCUAUGUUUCAGGAACUACCUUUUAAUAAAGAUAUCUUUUAGUUAUAAAGGAUUUUAUGAAGUAACAGUUUUAUAAAGAAUUAUAGACAUAAAAUAAACGUUUGGCUUUUUUAUAA